UUAUGCUUCAGUUCAAACCUGACCCUCUUGAUUCAUCAUCUGAUAUAUUACCUACGACCCGUCAUUGAGGCGAGGAGUAGCGGUACACGACAUCCUCAGCGCCACACCAAAACCACUGUUCUCUCCAACCGCAUUGUAUCGCCCUUUGGGCGAGGCAAUUGCUUCAAUAGCAGCUUCGCCCUCUGUAUCCUCGCCAGGACUCCAGUCCGCCCAGCAGGCGUCGGCAGUUCCGGGCACCAAGCUCAGCCUCAUUUCCAGGAGCACAAAACUUUUGGUAUCACAGCAACCGUGACUGCUAAAGCCUUAUUGCUGUCACCAUCAUCACCCGUUCACUCAUCACUCGACUUUCCAGCAAUCUUGUACCGACGAUACAGGCGAUCAGCAUGCCCCAUUUCCGCUCCGACUCAGAUUCAUCAGACUACUCCCCGCGCCGUCACCGCUCCCCAAGACGACGCUCACCCACACCAGGUUCUCGCCGCAUCCGCGACCUCUCUCCGGUCAACAACGACCACCACUAUCACCCGCGCCUCCAAUUCGAGUCCCAUACCCCUUUCUACCCCGUGGCAUCAGGCGCUAACGGCCCCGGGCCCCGCACCCGCCGUCCGCACUCCACCGGCACUCCUUCAACAGACACCUUUGCCACGACGACCACCAGCACCCUGAGUCCAGAAGAGGCAACCACCAUGUCUCCUGCCAGAAAACGAACCCGCUCCCGAAGCCGGUAUACCCCUUCCACCUCCUCCAUCUCCUCCAGCGACGAUGAUGACGACGAGCACCGUGAUACCGAGGGGAGGUAUCUCCACCCCGGGGAACACGGCGAGAAAAAUCCGCACCCUAGAUCCAAAUCCCGUUCCCCGCUCGACAAAGCCCGCUCGCUGCUGUCCUCAAACCUCACAACCUCGACCUCGGGACUGGGUGUUGGUGUUUUGGGCGCUAUAGUAGGCGGGCUUGCGGCGAGCGAGGCCGCUCAUCAUCACUCCCAUGCGCAUGACCAUAAAAGACGGGGCGGAUAUGGUGAUGACUAUGAGAGGGCCAAGCACCUGCACUUGAUCUCUACCGUUGUGGGUGCGGCGGUGGGCGGGUUAGGGGCGAAUGCCAUUGAGAAGAAGAUUGAAGCUCGCGGGAGGGAUAAGUCGAGUUUGGGGAGGGAAGGUGGGGUUGGUGGUGAUGAUAGGGAGAGGGAGAGGGAGAGGCAGAGAGAGAAGGAGGCUGUGAGGUAUAGGGAUGAUGUUGGUGGAGGUGGUGGUGGUGGGAGGAGAAGGAGUGGGGAGUGGAAGAGGUAUUAAUCUGGAUACGCUUGGCCUUUGCUUGGGCUGGGGUUGGAUGUCUGACUGUUGAGUAUAACAUGUGAUAACGGCGACUUUCUGGAUUGGAAAGCGUUGGUUAUGUUGAGCGUGUGUCGGAUGCGACAACGAUCGAAGGUUACGAUUUAAUGACUGUGUUAUCAGCGGUCUGCGUGGACGGGAUGGAACACUGGAGAAGAAUACAUACAUACCUACUGAGAGGAUUGGAUUCUUUUUGUACUAGCCCUCCUUUAACUUCGCUGUUUCCCCCACCCCUCCC